UGAGACACAGCAGCUCUGCUCCCCACAAUCCCUCCAGGCGCUCCCGGCGCUCUUGUCUCGGCUUCCAGCCAGUCUCCGCCGCGCGCUGUCCAGCAGGGGCCGCCCUGGGCCGGGCUCCGGAGACGUGAGUGAGGCGGCAGGGAAAGAGGGAGGGACGACCAGAAGGUGGCUCAAGCCCCGCCACACGCCCGGUGGGAGGGGUUUGGCGGCGGCCCCUUGGGCUCCGCGGCGCGAAUGGAGCAGGAGUGUGCCGGGAGCGGGAGCUCACGCUGCUGACUGCGCCAGCCGCGCUUGGUCUUCCCAGUCUCGCCUCCUGCAGCCCGCGCCGCCCGCCCGCUGCAGGACCAUGGGCGACCGGGCUUUCGUCCUCCUGUGCCUCCUCCUGUCAGGGCUGAGAGCACAGAGCGGGCCGACCUCAACUCUUCCUCUUCCAGCCAAAGCCACCUCCCCGGCCACUCUCGGGACCAGCACUGCACCAACGAGCCCUGCUGGCCUCACAGUGCCCCUGACCAACAGCACUCAGGACACCUUGGGACUCUCAGUCACCCCGGCAGCCUCACUGACAGUGCUCCCCAAGAAUGCUUCCUCUGAACCCACAGAAGAGGCACUCACCAGUUCAGUCCCCAACCAGGAGAUCACCGAGCCCGAGCCCUCAAACCCUGGACUCUCCUCAACAGCUGGGGGUGUCCCCUCUGCCCUCACACCUGAGGAGCACAGUUUGGGUGGUUCUGGGGCCAGCGUGCCAGCUGCAGGGUGGCAAUCCCCCACACCCUUACCUCCACAGAAUGUAUCCUCAUCUUCCUCAUCCCUGUCAACCCUGUCAACUUCACCACCUCCAGCUCCUUCUGCCUCUGUCCACUCCGACAACAGUUCCCAAGUGCUCAGCACCCACCAGCCGGCGGCUCCCACAGCACCAGCAUCCCCAGCAGAGAAGCCCAGCCCCAGCCACACUGCUCCCACAGCACCAGCAUCCCCAGCAGAGAAGCCCAGCUCCAGCCACACUGCUCCCCUCCACACCACGGCGGAGCCAGGGACGGAGGAGAACACAGCCCAAGCCGAUCAGCCUGGCAAAGGUGUCUGUGGGCCUGAGACUACCACUCCGCUCCUGAUCAUGCAGGAGGUGGGGCACGCGCUGAGCUCAGGCAGCGUUGCCGCCAUCACAGUGACGGUCAUUGCGGUGGUUGUGCUGGUGUUUGGAGUCGCAGCAUAUUUGAAGAUCAGGCACUCCUCUUAUGGAAGGCUGCUGGAUGACCACGACUACGGGUCCUGGGGAAACUACAACAACCCCCUGUAUGAUGACUCCUAACAUGAAGGUGGCCUGGCGUGAGGAAGAGCUGCUCCUUAUUUAUAAGAGCUUUCUCAGUAGAAUUAAUAUCAAGUACCUGAUGCGUACUGAAGGACAAUCUUAAGACCUGUUCCUUGGUUUGGUUGUUAUCAUUUUCCUCUCCUCUGGCUGCCACAAUAUCCCCAUUUUGGCACAAAAGAAUCCUGAUUUUCGGAUGAAAGGGGUCGGAUUGGCACGGAGGGGUGCAGACCUCCCUAGUGGAGGCCCCCAGCACCCUCCCAGACCCACCAUGACAAGGACUGGGGAGCAUACCUGGGGGUUUUGUUGGGGGUUCAUCUUAGGGAAACUUUCUUGGUUCUUAAACUUCUGUGUAGGAAAUUACAUUAGGAUCAGCGGAGAGCGGGGAGCUGAGUCCCAGGAAGCUCCCCUCCUGCAGGGAGGAUGCGGGCUUGCUCAGAUUCCCCACAUUGUAUGUGACUGGAGCCUGCCCAGCCCUACGGCCCACAGCUGCUUUUCCACUGCCCAAUUAAUGACCUGCACACAGGCCCGCAGAGGCAGCAGCCGGGGCAGAGCAACCGGUGGUUCUCAGGUGUCCACCUGCCUGUACCUGUUCUCCCUGCCGGGCCUCUCAGAUGCAAGUAGGAUUCCUCCCCACAGGCUUCCCGAGAGGGGAUGCACUCGGUGUCCCAGAGGAGGGACAGGCAUGGGAGGAAAGAGCUGAGGCACCUGAGUCCUUCUUGGGGAGCAGAUCAGCUGCCUGGAGGAGCCCAAGCAACUUGGUUUACACCCAGAGCACAACUGAUUCACUGUCUCACUGCCCGUCGGGGAAUGCUUGUAACCUUGUUAAAAAAUGAAGAGGAGGCACAAGUUUAUCUGCAUUUCGGCAAGAAACAGGCCCCACACAUGGUCCAUUCACUCCGCACGCCUUCCUUGCUCAUUCUCCCCUUUAAUAAGGGAGCGCCCUGGGAACUGCCACUAAAAUCUCGCACAAGUCCUGAGCAAUCACUGUACCUUUGAGGGCAUUCAUGCAUCUCAGUCACUCCCAACUGGGGUUGAAUUUGCCACACACCAAGGACAGCUGAAAACAUUUGGUGGGACUGUUGAUGGCCACGAGUUGGGAUACCACGAGUGGGUAGAGGCCUGGACUCUGCUACACACCCUCCUGGGCCUGCGACCGUACCUGGUACCAGGCAUUCUACAGCCCAAAGCCUCAGAAGUGCUGAGACUAAGAACCCCAAUUCACUGCAGGGCUCACAGCAGAACAAGACACUCCCAGGUCAGGCACCUCUUUUACUUUUAACCAAAAGAAGCGAUGUGUUAAGUUUCUGUCUUAGUUGGCAGGCAGAGGCCCGUCCACCUGAGGGACCCGGCAUGCAUGGGUACUCCUUCGAGCCUGCAUGCUUCUGAAGGACUAUUUCAGGACCCCACCUGUGACCAACGCUGUAUUAGCAGCCAGCAUCUCACAUCCUGAUUUCACCGAGCAGAAAACAUGUGUCACAAGAACAUGAAACCACUUCAGUCUAGAUGCCUGGACAAGGCUUUGCCCUAUGGCUCCAAUUUGGGAAUGACCCUGGCGUCAGAAACCAGGAACAGUGCCCCUCCCCACAACCUGUGCCCCACCCUGUGAGAAUGAGUUUUCCUCAGCCCCUAGGGUCCAAGGGGAAUUUGUCAGAGGUCCCCACAGCCAGAAGAAGAGCAGACAGGAAUCAGGGUGUCUCUAUUUUUUUUUUUUUUUUGUCUUUUUCGUUUUUAUCGGUACCAGGGAUCGAACUCACGACUGCCUGCUUGCAAGGCAGGUGCUUAUGCCGCUGAGCUAAAUCCCCAGCCCCUAAUCAGGGUGUCUCUAAAUUCAACUUGGCAUGGGCCAUCCUGAAAGAGCAGGCCCAGGUGCACCCUUGCUAUUCUGGGCUUGGAGAACUGUCUCUCCCCGCUUAUCCCAUUCUUCAUAGGGCUUUUCAGCCACCAAGCGACAAGUCAAUAAAGUUAUGACCUUCCAUGAGGCUUUGUCCUCCGCUCUCAGCCCAAAACAUCUGGACACAAUGACCAGGGGGUUACCUUUGGGGAAGGCCACCUCAGGACAUUGCCUGAGGACAGUCUCACCCAGGACCCCAGCCUGCUGAGAGCCCCAGUGUACCCAAUGCCUUUCCUUUCCAGAGACUGCCAUGGGGACAGUGCAGGGCUGGUUUGUCACUCUACUUCACUUCCAAGGCUAGUGGCACCUCCCUGGGGUGUGUGGUAAGACGAGGGCCUUCCAUGAAAAGUCAGAGGCCCCUGUCAGGCUGGUUAGUAUCAGAUACUUAUGAUGCAGCCUUAUUUUGCCAGAUGUAUUUUUUCAGCUUUGGAAUUGGCCAACAGAUUUUAGCAAGUGUAUUCUGAAAAUGGUCCUUGAAAGACACACAUGUGCAUGCACACACACACACACACACACACACACACACACACACACCCCUGAAAUAGAUGCCAACAACUAAUAUCCUUCCCACCAAGCAGAGCCUGCCCAUUCACCUGAGGGACGUGGCAGUAGCUCCAGCAGCCACACCCACCUGGGCAGGGUGCGAGCGCAGGAGGGAAGCCAGCAGCUCCGCUCUGGCCACCACACAGAAGCACAAAGUGGGAGUCAGCUGGGCCCCCGCAGAGGUCCCCUCCCUGUCCCUCCCCCUGUGUCUGCAUUUUGGAGGAGGGGCAAUGCUAUCACUGACUGUGCCCACACACAUACACAGCACGGACAUGCUGUGAAGACUCAUGAAAUCAUGCCUAUGUUUCCACUUUCUGGAGAGACACACUUAUAGACACUUGAAGUAUUGCAGUGGUUCACAAAUGAUCUCAGUUUCUUGUUUGCGGUGAUACUUAGGUGUUGUCUUAUUCUGUAAAACUCCAGUUGUGUCCUGGUCACAUGCGACAGCUGUGAUUGCUCGGAACCACCCCAGGGAAGCAGAUCGGUGCCUAGGGUCCCAGAGGGCAGUGUCAAUCUUCUGAUGAAAGGACAGAUGGUGAGUUGGGACACAGGAGGCCAGGAUGACACAGCAGAGAGCACUGGCCUUCACCACCCUGAGGUCCUCUGGAUUCCUUGUGCAGUUGACUGUGGUCUGGUGUCACCAGUUUGCUCUUCAUCUUGCUUGCAGGGCUGCAUGGUUCUAUCCCUUGCAUCUGGGAAAUGAAUUUUGCAAUCAGGCCCAAUGCUAAUUUGCACGUUGAUUCACCUUCUUUGCCUUUAACCUUUUUGAAGGGCAAAUAAAUGCACCAUUUCAACUCAGGUGUCAGAGGCACCAGAAGAUACUGGUAAUAGCGCUAAGCAAGAGCUCCUUGCCAGGUUCCUUUCUUAGGGGAAGUUAGUUGACAUUAUGGAAAGAGGGAAGACAGGCAACUUCUCUGAUAUGUGACGUCAUUGUGUCUGUCAUUGUAAGACAUGUUGCAUAUCAGCUAUAAUUGUACCAAUUAAAGUUAUUAAAGGCUGUGUGUCUGGCUGUCAUGAUUCUCA